AUGAUUGGAAAGAAGGAUUGUCGUCGGGAUCAACAAGUUGUCAACAUUGUAGACCCAUCAUUGUUUCCGCUGACUUACGGAAAAACGAAAGUUUUAUUGGACGGAGGUAAAGUUGAUGUAAACGGCUGUUCCAAAUCAUACGGACAAGGUAUCACUACAGGAAUUCCACAAGUCCACCCAAAUAGAAGCAGUAUGGCAGGUGCUGCUAACGCACUGAAAAUAGACGUCCCCUUCAAUAAAGAUACAAAUCUCUACCGCUGUUUGCUCAAAGGCGAGUAUGGACGUGUUCCCAUCCGAAGUAGAACACACGGCACCGUAGAUCAAGAGGAAGAACCUGGAACUGCAUUCACAUAUGAAGACUGGAAAAAAGGAAGAAAUGGUAAGUCUAUUGUAGGUCAAGCUGUAUGGGAAGGUCUUCCGGAGCAUGCAUGGCGCUCAGAAAGAGUGCAUGAGUGUAUUGACACAGACCAUGAAUUCUACAGCAUUUCUCUACAGGAAAGCUUUCGGGAAAAGGGACUGCAAGUUUUUGUGCAAAUUGGAAGUAUCGAAUUGCAUGAAUGGGAUAACCCAUGGCUAGAAAGUGAUUGGGAUAUUGAUGGAACACGGAGUGAACAUAUUGCUGCUACAUCUAUAUGUUUCUACGAUGUGCAGAAUAUAGCAAACAUGCAAGUUUCCUUUCGACAGAAAACUUGUAUGAGCAAACCAGCAUACCAUCGUUCGGACGAUGAUCUUUUUGCUAAAACUUUUGGUAUUGAGGAAGAUGAAAAGGAGAGUUUAGGAAGAAAAUUGCCAGCGGAGCUGUUAAACAUGAUUGAUAAAGCUAUGAAUGAAUGGCCGAUAGGAAGGGAUGAGGCGAAGGAAGAUCUGGAUAAUCUACUUGAAGAACAUCGCUGGGCGAAGGGAGCCCAGGUUCGUUUGACGAAGGCUUGGUGUGGGUGUGUUGUUGUGCUUGCCAUAUGUUGGGGUAUUGCCGAGAUCAUUGAGAGAGAUGUUUGGGCAUUCAGUUCUCCUCUUCAAAUGUUCUUCCCAGACAGCAGCCUUCAUCUACCAUACAUUGUCCUCACAUGGAAACCAUUUUGA